CCCACUGCCACCGCCGGAACCGCCUCACACACCACCACACCAAUCCAUCAUCACCGCCGCUCAACGCGUCUCACUCCCAAACAAGCGGUGGCACCCCAUCUCCUCCACGCCCGCCACCCCGCCACCGCCGAGAGACCGCGACGGCGUCAUCACCAUACCGACAUCACCUACCCAAGAAACCACGACAUCUCCCCUCUCCCGUCAAUCACGCGCCGCCCGCGCCCCCCCUCGUCGCAGCCAUGGAGGACCAACUCGCGCAGCUGCUCGCCAACACGAUGCUGCCCGAACAGGCACCUCGACAACAGGCCGAGAUCGAGCUGAAGCGCGCCCGCCCCAAUCCUGCCUUCCCCGUCUGCCUGGCCAACAUUGCCUCCCACGCGUCCGUCGCCGUCACCGUCCGCCAGGCCGCCCUCACCAACCUGCGUCUGUUCGUCGAGGCCAAUUGGGCCAGCGAGGACCCCAGCGAGGAGCCUCCUAUUCACAUCUCUGAGGAAGCCAGAGAACACGUCAAGCGGGUUCUUCUCGACCUGGCCAUCGGACACGAGGAGGACCGCAAGGUCAAGACCCAAUCCAGCUAUACCGUCGGCAAGAUCGCCAUUCACGACUUCCCCGAGAAAUGGCCGGCCCUCCUCCCCGCCGUCUUGGGCGUCAUGGCCUCGGGUACUGACAACCAGCUUCGAGGCGCCCUCAAGGUCCUCGGCGACCUCACCGAGGAGAGCAUCUCCGAGGACCAAUUCUUUUCCAUGGCUCGCGACAUUGCCAAUGCUCUGACCGAGGUCGUCCACAAUGCGAACCGAAAGCCCAUGCUGCGCGCACUCGCCAUUUCCGUGUUCCGAACUUGCCUCGACCUGAUGAACAUGGUCAAAGACGCCCACGCCCAAGAGGUGGAAGGGUUUGCCAGGCUCCUUCUCGAGGGCGACGGCGCCUCUAGUCCGGGCUGGAUCUCCUUCUUCGUUCUAGUCCUCCAAGAGACGCUUCCUUCUGCCGAUUUGAGCGAGAGGCAGCCCGAGGAAUGGAACAGCAUCAUCGCCCUCAAGUUGCAGGUCGUCAAGACGCUCAUUCGGCUUCGUCGUGGCUUUGGCAACCUGCUACUGCCUCACAGCACUACCCUCUUCACGGCCGUCUGGGACGAGCUCACUAACCUCCAAGACCCCUACGAGCAGCUGUACGUUAAUGGUAGCUGCCAGGGUCGGCUUGAGGAUGCUGAUAGUUUGCCCUACACUCUCGACUUUCUCGUGCUCGAGGAACUCGACUUCCUGAACCAGUGCUUCCGGGCGCCUCGCGUCAAGGCCGAGCUCGACUCCCAGCUUCAGGCUCACGCCGAGGCCCGCGACGUCCCGUGGGUGGUUCAGAUCAUGACAAUGCUCGUCAGCUACUCUCGCAUCAUCCAGGAGGAAGAAGAGCUUUGGGAUAUUGAUUGCUCGCUCUACCUCGCCGAAGAAAUUGCUGUCACGGCCAACUAUACGCCUCGUACAGCCGCCGGUGAUCUUCUCAUCAAGAUGGGCGAGUGGUUCAACCACAAGACCCUUGACGGCCUGUUUGGCUAUACCACUAGCCUCUUCCCCGGUUCGGGUCCCUCCGCUUGGAGAAGCCAAGAGUCGGCUCUCUACCUGUUCGUCAUGCUACUCAGCGACUUUCAAGACCUCAGCAAACCCGUUCGACCGGCCAUCGCGGCUGACUACUUCAAGAUGAUUGAUUACACCAUCAAGACCGCCAAGGAGCCGCUGCUCCGGGCCAGGGGCUACCUGGCCGCCGGUAUGCUUGGCCGCUCGUUUCAGCUGCCUAGCAUCCAGCCCAAGCAGUCCGACCCGGCUGUACCUCUGCUCGACCACAUGAUCGCGUCCAUCACGGCUGAAGAGUCCGAGGUGGUCCAAGUCGCGUGCGUCAAGGCCCUCGAGGGUUUGAUCAGCGCUGAACAGGUUGGCCUCGACAAGCAAGGGCCCAUCAUCGCCGCCAUCCACGGCUACAUGAAUAGCAAGGACCCUUCGGACAUGGAGGAGGCCGACGAGCUUCUGGUGACGCUGGCCGAGGCGCUUCGUGCCGUUGUCGUCAUGGACACCAAGAUUGCGCUCUCUAGCGACCACCAGCCCUUGGACAUGCUCUUCAUGCUCGCCAAGCUGGGUGCUGCGAACUUUCAGGUUACGAUGCUGGUGACUGAGGCAUUUGAGGAGGUCGUCAAGGCGCUGGCAGGCGACAGCGCAGCGUUUAGCGCCCUCUGCACCAAGACCCUUCCGACGCUGACCGGCGCCUUCGACGUCGGUCCGCUCAUCGACGAUAACCCGCUGGUGACCAUUGCGACAGAGCUGCUCGCCGUUCUGGCCGAGCAUGGUCCCGAGCCGCUGCCAGACGGGUUCGUGGCCGCCACCUUCCCUAAGCUGAAUCGCGUGCUCCUGGAGACGACUGAGGGCGAAGUUCUACGACCAGGCGCCGAGACAGUCAAGUAUGUGCUCAUGCACGACCACCAGCAGGUCUUCAACUGGCAGGACGCCAACGGCGUGUCUGGCCUAGAGGUGUGCCUCCGCAUUGUGGAUCGACUCCUGAAGCCUGAGAUUGAGGACAACGCCGCUUCUGAGGUUGGCGGUCUAGCAGCUGAGCUAGUCGAGAAGGCCGGCCAGCAGCGCCUGGGACCGUAUCUGCCCCAACUGCUGCAGGCUGUCGCCACUCGCGUCGACACGGCCCAGGCGGCGGCAUUCAUCCAGUCUCUGAUCUUGGUUUUCGCGCGGCUCUCCCUCGCCGGCGCCCAGGACGUGGUCGAGUUCCUGAGCCAGCUCCAGAUCAACGGCCAGAACGGCCUGCAGAUUGUGCUGGCCAAGUGGCUGGAGAACUCAAUCAGUUUUGCCGGCUACGAUGAGAUUCGUCAAAAUGUCAUUGCGCUGUCGAAGCUGUACUCCCUCAGCGACGAUCGCCUGGCCCAAAUUAAUGUCAAGGGUGACCUGAUCAUCAACGACGAUGGCCGGAUCAAGACGCGAUCACGGUCGAAGCAGAGUAUGUUAACCAAUGGUGCUAUUCGUCGUUUGAUUACCUCUGGAAGUCUGGAGGGAUUUGGACAUCAGCUGUUAAUCGGAGGCGUCUUCUUUUCGGAGCGCUACCGAGACAGCUUGUCUGCUUUUCUCAGUGCUAACGAGCCCGAAUGCGCAGACCCUGAUAAAUAUACCAUCAUCCCGGCCCCGCUCAAGAUCAUCAAGCUCUUGAUCGAAGAGCUGUUGUCGGCAUCUGGAGCACGCAGUGCAGCCGACGCCGCAGCGGCAGCCGUGUCCGCUAACGCGGACCUCGAGUCCGAUGAUGACGACGACGGCUGGGAAGACGACGACACGCUUGAUCUGAGCCUCGGAAUGACCAAGUCGGACCUCAUGUCGUUUACGGAGGGCGGUGGCCGUCGCUACAAGGACGACGAGACGCAAGCCUACCUGAUUGAGUUCUUUGUCCGAUGUGGUCGGGAAAACACUGCCGGCUUCCAGAACUGGUACGGCAUGCUGUCAGACGAAGAAAAGGCCAAGCUUAGCGAGCUGGCCAACUCGGCACAACAGUAGAAGUCUGCUUGGCCCGAGCCACUCGGAUUGCUCCAGGAGGCAAGACUUUCCGGGGGCAGCCAGGCGCCUCUCAUGACGAACUGGAAUUAAGAGCGAGCGACUCAUCGGGGCGGAGCAUCACGUCCCAGGACUAGACAUUGUUGGCGUGAGUCUUUAUCGGAGCUGGCGGGGUACGUCCUUCGCAAGUGUUGAACCUAGAGCCCAGUGUCCCCCCUGUACGCACAUCACAUCACAAUUUUUCAUCCCCCAAUCCAUCCCCAAACCACACCACCCCCUUCAUACCCUCCUCCGCGAUGGCCCCAUUAUCACCAACACAUACAGGCCCCUUUUGGUCUCAAGUUCAGCCUCUCCUGGUCCAUGCGCAGCGCUGUUUGGCAGUUGGGUUAUAUAGCUGGACAGCGGGUGUCUAUUGUCUUCACUUGCGGCGAGCAAACUGGUACUUGUUGGCACGUUUCACCACCAACCAUUCUCUCCCUGACGUCACCGGCUCACACAUUCACCGCGAUUGAGGAACGAACGAGACGUCGUUUCGAUACGUGACCACGCAGGGGUAUUCUGAGCAACUAGAUAGACGGACGAACGUACAAAGAGAGACAAAAGGACGAACGACGAAGCUGUUACCCCACCCUCACUAGUUCAGGGCAAGAAUAGUGAACAGAAAAG